CGGAUGUAUGGUACAAGUCUGCUGGGAACUAACCCAAAAUGCAGUACACACGAAACCCACACAAGGACACAACUAGCAUCAAACAAUAGGUGGAAUAAUAAGCCAUGGUCAUCACAAGGAUCCAAUCAUUUUUUAUCCCCCGCGUCCCUGUCAGCGUUGAAAAAACAGCUGGUAGGGAUGUUAACACUCCUAAACCACUAGUGCUGGCUCCCUCCUUGCAUGAAAACAGGAACGGUCUAGUGCACCCGUAUCCAUUGGACACACUUGACACUUGCACAAGUAUAGGCCAAAUAAAGAACCCUACCCACUUCUGUAACCUAACUAAAAAUAAAAGUUCCUUAGUCUAUAGCAAAUCCAGUACUCCAACUCCUAAUUCUCCACCGAAAACAGCACACAACAACUCGAUAGACAUAGGUGAGCAUGAUGCUGGAA